UCAACUGAUUUCUCAUUCCGUUACAACACUAUGGCAUCUCAACCGCAAUCCUCCCUCCCAAUCUCAAACCCUAAUUCCACAACCACCACCACACAACCACCGUCAAUCGCCACUCCGGCACUUCGUUCCUUCAUCUCACGCAUCUCCACCUCCAUCAGUAACUCCCUCGCCGACCGCCGACCAUGGACCGAACUCGUUGACCGCUCCGCCUUUUCCCGUCCGGAAUCCUUAUCCGAUGCCACGUCACGCAUCCGUAAAAACUUAUCUUACUUCAAAAUCAACUACGCUGCUCUACUCUCCGUGAUUCUCGCUUUCUCUCUUGUCACUCAUCCUUACUCUCUUAUCAUCCUUCUCUCUCUCCUCGCUGCCUGGAUCUUCCUUUACAUGUUCCGUACUUCCGAUCAGCCGCUAGUUAUCUUCGGCCGUACAUUUUCCGAUCGCGAAACCCUAGGGCUUUUGAUCGUACUCACUGUAAUCGUUGUUUUCCUUACGAGUAUUGGAUCGCUUGUGAUUUCUGCUGUUUUAGUUGGAUUAGCGAUUAUUUUUGUUCAUGGAGCGUUUAGAGUUCCAGAGGAUUUGUUUUUGGAUGAUCAAGAUCAGAGUAAUGCCGGUUUGCUUUCCUUCCUCGGCGGAGCAACUACUACUGGCGCCUCUAUUCCUCCGUCAGUGGCGCGUGUUUGAAAAUCGAGGUGAAACUUAUUAAUAGAUUGUACGUUUUGCUAGUUCUAAAUGUACUGUUGAUUGGCUAGAUAUUGAAUUGGAUCAGAUAAUUUUUGUUACAGAAAAUUGGUUAAGAGUUUGUCUGACCUAGGUUAGUCGAUUUCUAUGUACAAUACUAUUGCAAUGAGGAAUGUGGGUUUAAUAGUUUAAUUCACGGUUUUGCUUA